AUGCCAACUUCGCGUGGCAGGAGACAAAAGUUUUCUUCUCAGGAGGAUGCAUACCUUUCCAAUUUCAGAGAAUGGCGGAAUGAAGAAGUUUCAGAAUCAUGGGCUCAAUUUCUCGCCAGAUACGAGAAGAAAUUCUGGGCCGAUCCCCAUAGUUCGGCGUCACUAUUUUACAGGGCCGAAAAGCUUUCUGGUCAUCGUCAUCAGACUCUAUCUAGAGUUGAAGAAAUGAUGCAUCAUAUGCUUAAGAUGCGCAAAUCGAGUAUCUUGUGGACAUGGGGAAGAAUUGGUCAGGCAUUUGGUACUAAUGCGAGGACAGCUUCUGCGGCAUAUAAGAAUUUCUUAGAGAGGAACGGGAUCGAUGAAGAUGAGAAUGAAUCUCGCCGUAUAAUGUGGACUGAGUCAGACAGAAGGAGACUCGGUAGGGCGCGUCAUCUCGGUUACUCGUGGGAACGUAUAUCUAAGCAAUUUGGCCACGAGGAGUAUAUCUGCAUGUCGGCACAUUACAUACAGUCUUACUCAGGGAGCAGGUCGGGGAACUUGAAUGCCUCUUUCCAUCCAAAGUAUUUCUUUUCUUUCAUUGGAAAGAGCAGCAGGUAUCCCAUACAAAAGUCCGCGGGUGCACCGGUAGUUAAGGAUGAGGGUAAAGAUUGUCAAUUGGGGACGAGUCUCGUUACACGAAAUGAAAGAGGAAAAUCACAGCCUAUGUCUGACGUUACAAAUGCUAAACGAUCAGGAAGCGGCAGUUCGCAGUCAUGCUCCACUAUUUUAGAGCUCAUGAAGAGUCCUUCUUUGUUGAAGUUGGAACAUGAUUCUGGGUUGAUCGACCAUAUACCAACAAUGCACUCGCUUUGUGGAAGCAAGGCUACAAUGGUACCGAUAUCUCAGGCUGGCAGCCGUUCUUGUGCUCCCUUUAGAACAACAACGCCAAUAUAUAGAGAAAGUGUUAGCAAUAUGAGAUUCAAUGGAUGUGCCGCGAGCCCCAAUUUUCCACGGACACUUGGUUACCGGCUACCUGAGACCCGCCGCCGAAAUGAGUUCCGUCCCAAAGGUCUCGUCAAUAUCGACACAAAGACGGCCAGCCACUGUUUUCCAGCCAGUCUCAAAAAUCGGAGAAUUUACAAGCCCAGCUGCAAUUAUGAGGAACUGGAUGAACCAUACGUCAAAGUGAAGGAAGAGGUGAAAGAUGAUGAAAGCAAUGAAAAGCUGACUUAUUGCAUGAUUAGUAAAAGAAGAUGA